GUUUAUCUCAGUGCUAGUCGGUGCUGGAUUCACUAAAGACGUUAGUGAGUUUGUGACAAUAAAUUCAGGAGUUUUUCAUUGAAAAAUAAAUAAAAUACUCAAAAUGGCCAAUAUCCUCGAUCUUCUGUCCCUGGACAAUCCUGUCUUCCGGCACAUGGCCCUUUGGUCUGGUGUAUUACUUGUGAAAAUGCUCCUAAUGUCCGGCUUUACUGCCUUCUUCAGAAUUAAAAAUAAAGCUUUUAGCAGUCCUGAGGAUUUGAUUUUUGGUGGGAAAAAGCCAAAGUACGAUGAUCCUAGUGUUGAAAGAGUUCGAAGGGCCCAUCGGAAUGACUUGGAAAAUGUUAUUCCAUUAAUUUUUGCUUCCUUCUUCUACACUCUGACCAAUCCAACACCCUUCCUGGCCAUCAAUCUCUUCCGGGUUGCAGCCCUGAGCAGGAUUGCCCAUACGGCCGUAUAUGCCUUUGGACCAGUACCUCAGCCAACAAGAGCCCUAGCUUUUGGCGUACCUUUUGUUAUUACACUUUACAUGUCGGUUCAAGUACUCCUGCAAUUCGCAUAAAAAACCGUGUGGUGAUUUUGAUAAAUCAGCGAUUAUCCCAAGUGUUCCAAGACAAAAAUCGGUUUUGUAGUUUUUAUAUAAAAAGAAAAUACAGCCAUAAAAUCUA